AUACAUCUAAGGUUAAAUUGAAGUUACAUUAUGUACCAAAUUCGAAUUUCGAAUAAACAUGAUUGUAAAUAAAGCUAUCAGCAGUUAUCGUGGACAGUAUGGUGGCAAAGUCAGGAGUGGGAGACGUUUAAAUGACGACGCUACAGCAAAAUUUCCGUAGUCUUCUAAUACGCACGGUGGAAACAACGUGGGUCGCUGAUUUUCAAAGAAUUUCUGUAUAGAUACGGAACAAUUAUGUCUCUAGACGAAAAAUUUAACAAGGCAGCCGAGGAGGUCAAGGAACUGAGUUCUCAACCUUCAGAUGCUGAUAUGCUCGAACUAUAUUCAUUGUACAAACAGGCUACUGUGGGAGAUUGCAAUACAACAAGGCCAGGCAUGUUAGACUUUAAAGGCAAAGCCAAAUGGGAUGCUUGGGACCGCAAGAAAGGCAUGAGCCAAGAAACUGCGAAGGAGAACUAUAUUCAAAAGGUGGCUGAACUGGUAGCUUCCAUUGGGAAAAAGUAACUUCCAUUUGCACAAGAUAUUGUAUAUGCUGCAUAACUAUUGCACGCGUACACAGAGAUUUUACUGUUUUUUGAAUCUUCCAUUUUCUUACCAAUGCGCGUAUACAACAUAGGAUCCCAAGACUAGUUCAUUUUUUAUAUACUCAAGAGUGCAACAGUUGCAAACACGCUUUUAUACAGAAUGUGGAAUAGCGAAGAAUUGAUGAUCCGCGAUCAAUGAAUCGGGGACCAUCGAUCUCGACAAUGAAAUUUCUACGACUAUUUCAUAUUCGGUGUCGUUGAUACAGACAUACUCGUCCAAAUACUUCUCUUGUACUUUGCUAAGGCUGAUGACGACGAAGAUAUUAUAAUGAGAUAUAAUCUCUCUUUUUCUUAGGAAUAUUUUACACAUGUUAGUUAGCUUGUAUAGUCGCAUUGAAGUAUAUACUUAAUAAAAACAAAAUAAAAAAAAUAAUAAACAAUAUUGCAGUAAAUAAAAGGAAA